UUAUAGUCAUUGUCGUCGUCGUCGUGGUCGUGGUCGUGGUGUCGUCUUCACACAUUUCGCGCCCAGCCGCCAACCAUCAGCCUUUAGCCUGGCCUGCGCUGGGCUAGGCUGUGUUGUGUUGUGCUGGGGCAAACGGUCAUUAGUCGCAAAUUAUUAUUAUUAUUAUUAUUACAGCUUCAAUCGAAACAGCAGGAGGCGGCGCAUUUUUUGGGCGUACAGGUGUAAGCGCGUUGGCGGCAGCAGUUGCAAUUGCAACUACUUCUUCUUCUACAUACAACGAACACCAUUGCAUACUAAUUUUGAAAUAGCAAAUACAACUACAACUGCAUACUUCAUAAUCGUUUGCUUGGUGUCUUCUAUCUACAACAACACCAAAUCGAAUUGCUGUAGCGCCUUAGUUGGCGGCUCCAAAGAAAGUGUUGCGUGUAACACCUAGUUGCAAACGCCCAACGAUAAACACGUCGCAUUGCCAAACGUACGCGCAUCCAACGCGAACACGCUCCGCAGCGCAAUCGAAAUUUGCAAAAGCAUUGCAUUCAAAAUUUAUUCCUUCGUCCUUAACGUAUUGUUGCUGUCGCAGUCGUUGUUGUGUGUCUUGUCGUGUUGUGCCUUGCCGUAUCGUGCCGUGUCGUGCCAUUUUUUAAACCGUCUGGUGUCGUCCUUAUUGUAACUUUCCCAGCGCAAAGGAGUGCAAGUCCUGCGCUAUAUUAAACUUGUUUGUGGAUAAUUUUUAAGAAAGCACACUCACAGCCAUGGAUGAACUAUCCAAAGACCAAAUCGCAUUAUUGCGUAACGCCUUCAAUGCAUUCGAUGCCGAGAAGAAUGGCUACAUUAAUACCACCAUGGUUGGUACCAUUCUGAGCAUGUUGGGUCAUCAGCUGGAUGAUUCUAUGCUGGCUGAAAUUAUCGCCGAAGUCGAUGAGGAUGGUUCGGGACAAAUUGAGUUCGAAGAAUUCACCACAUUGGCCGCGCGUUUCCUAGUAGAGGAGGAUGCCGAAGCGAUGCAGGCCGAACUGAAGGAGGCAUUCCGUUUGUACGAUAAGGAGGGCAAUGGUUAUAUCACCACCGGAGUGUUGCGUGAAAUUCUACGUGAACUGGAUGACAAAUUGACAAAUGACGAUUUGGACAUGAUGAUUGAGGAAAUCGAUUCUGAUGGUUCAGGAACGGUUGACUUCGAUGAAUUCAUGGAGGUCAUGACGGGCGAGUAAAGUGUAAAUAGGUGCAUAUGGGCGCAGCAACACAAUACAAUUGCGUACAUUUUUUCUAUGUAGUUGUUAUUGUGAGAUGCGCUCCACAACAGUGAAAUAGCACAAACACGCACACACACACACUCACAAAUACUAGUCUGAUCAUACAGAUGCGGGACGUAAAAAAUGUCUUUUCAACUUUUUAAUUUAUUGUGCACUUGCAAUUUUGUAUUUUCAGUUUGUUGUAGUUAUUUGUUUUUAUUUUCGAAGAAAUAUUUUUACAACUCAAGUUAGUUGCCGUUUUUAUUGUAAUUUUUAUUCAUUUAUGUUUUUGAAGCAUAAAAAUUAAACCAACAAAAUAAAAGCAACUGCAAUAUAUUAAAGUGCUUUAUGUUAUUUGCAAAAAUAUAGAAAAUUUCAAUAUACUUACAUAUAUAUAAAGAAAAUGAGUUACUCGUUUUAAAGUUUUUUGUCUCUAUUUUACAAUAACCAAACCAAAAUGCUUAAUAUGCUCGAUCACUGGCUAGUGACUGUUUAACAACCUUUAGUCACAAUUGUCAAAAAUCACUAAAAAAGUCAAUACUCAUACGUAAUAAAGAAUACAAAUCAUAAAAGUUUCUUUAUUUAUAAAUUUAUUCUUUGAAAAGUUAAUUAAAAAUUCUGCACAGUAAAAAAAAUAUUAAAAAAAAAACUUUUUGUUUUUAAUUUCAUAGCUAAAUGAAAAACUUAAUCAAUAUUUUAUUCAAUUACUAACCAUUAUUUAUAUGUAUAUAUACAACUUUUACUAUUUAAUUGAACCAAACAAGAGAAAAUAUUAAAAAAUAAAUGCACAAGUUUUAAAUUUAAGUUUAAUCAGACAAUGCCUAUACAUAUAUGUUUAUUUAUGUAUACACACCUACAAUUAAGUAAAAACAAACAAAAAAAAUAUAAAUACAUUUAUUAUUAAAAUUGCGUUAUUGAAAAAGUUUUAUGUUUAAAUGUUAUCGUUGUUAUAUACAAAUUUAUCUAUUGUUCAAAUGUUUGUCAUUAUCUAUUAAUAUCAUCAUAUGCAAUAUGUAUGUACAUAUAUGCGAAUACACAUAAAAGAAUACAUGUAAAUGACGUAUGCAAAUACUCACAAGUGUUGAGUAUAGAUGCACAGCGCAAGGAUAUGCCGUUAUUGAUACAAAGGUUUUCUAUUAUUUAGAAAUUUAAGUUACAAACUGCACGUCACUAAAACAACUUGAAUCCAACAAAACCAAAAUUAAUUCUACAAAUAAAAAUAAUAAUUUCAAUUUCAAAUACCUCGAAUAACAACAACAAGCACGAAUUGUGCUACAAAUGCUUCAAAAAAUGUAAUCAAGAAAAACAAAUGCAUAGAAAUUAAAAACAAAAAUAAAAAGAAAAAAAAAAACAACACCAAUGAACCAUGAAUGUCAACAGCAACAA